AUGCGGAUGCGUAUAUUGGAUUGGGCGGGAAGAUGGGAAAAGCAUUUACCAUUAGUCGAAUUCUCCUACAACAACAGCUUUCAUUCUAGCAUAGUGUCAGCUCAGAAAGGAAAGGAGAGAUUCGGGAAGGUCGGGAAGCUAGCUGUUAGAUUCAUUGGGCCUUACCAGAUUGAAGAACGAAUCGGAGAUGUUGCUUACCGCCUCAACCUACCUGAAGAGAUGCAAAUACAUCUGGUAUUUCACGUAUCAAUGCUGCGGAAACAAGUUCAUGAUCCCAACGCUAUUGAGACAGAGCAAAUCGAAAACCUGCAAACAAACCUCACUUAUACAGAGAGACCAAUCCGAAUAGGUGAACGUCGGAUACGAAGAUUGAAGAAUCGAGAAAUUCCUCAAGUCCAAGUUUUCUGGGGUAAACGGAACCGUGUAGUUGUGACCUGGGAGGAUGAAUCAAGAUUUAAAGCGUUGCAUCCAGAGUUCUUCCACGAAGAAGUAGUGAUAGAAGAAGGGGGAUCAUCGGAUCCUUAG